CUAAAGUUAAAAAAUAAUAACUCAACUUUCUCCUUUCUCUACAAAAUAGAGCUGUGUUGAUUUUCUCUUGUUUUUCAAGGAGUUUCGUAGUGAAUUCUGAAAUCAUUGCUUUAUUAAAUCAUAAUAAUAGAUAAAAAAUGGAGGAGAUUCAACACUUUUGUCCUCAACAACAUAUUUUGCUCCUAAAGGAUAAUAAGAUAUGUAGUGACCAAAUUAUUUGCAAAAUAUGUAAGUCUUCUAUGGCAGCCCCUUAUUAUGUUUGUGAUUCGUGUGAAUAUUAUGUCCACAAGUCAUGUGAAGAACUACCAAAGCAGAUCAACAAAUACCCUUUACAUCCUCGCCACCCUCUCUCUCUUACAUCAAAAAAUAUCGCUUGCGAUUGUUGUGGUCAAGACCCAGAAAAGAGUCUCAUGUUCAGUUGUGCUGACUGUAACUUUGACUUGGAUGUUGAAUGCUUUGAAAUGUCAAACUCCAUAACAACAUGUCCUGAAGGCCAACAUUGCAUUCAACAUUCUAGCCAUCCCCACUUGCUACUACUUGUUGACACAACAGAUGCAAUUCAUGAAGAUGAAGAUAUUGAUGUUAGAUGCUUUGCAUGCCAAUCCAAGAGCUCACCAUCAGACUCAGAUGGUGGAGUUUAUUAUGGCUGCAAUAGAUGUAAGUAUUUUAUUCAUAAACAAUGCAUUGACCAAUUACCACAAGAAAUCCAAACCUCUCACCAUCCUAAUCACAACCGUCUCUUCCUUCUUAUGAAAAGAUACUAUUAUUGUAAAUGUAACACUUGUGGAAAUACAGACAGACCUGCCUUAUAUUUCGAAUGUCCUCAAUGUGAUUUUCGGCUGUGUUUAGAAUGUGGUGUGAGAAGACCACGCAUUAAGUAUGAAGAUCAUCCACAUCUUCUUUCCUUUAUGGAGAAAAUAAACAACGCAGUUGAACAAUGCAACGUCUACGACACCUGUUUGAAGCAAUCAAUCAUGUGCAAUACGGAGGAAUUCCAUAAGACAGAUUCUUCCAAAUUUAAAUGUUUGGAUUGUGAUUUCAAACUUCAUUUAUUAUGUGGUCCAUUGCCUUCUAUCAUAAAACAUGACAGCCAUAUGCACUCCUUAGAUCUUGUUGAUUCAUUCAUUGAGGAUAACUCUGGUGAAUAUUACUGCGAUGUUUGUGAAGAAGAAAGAAAUCCACGAAUACGUGUUUACUGCUGUUGGAAGUGCAAAUAUAUCGCUCACGUACACUGUGUUAUCUCUGAGGUUAUAAAUGUAUUAAAAAGAGACCUUAGAGAUGUGAAACUGAAAGUGUUGGGAGAAGAUUUUUGGGAAUUUCCUAAAGAGAUUGAUCAUGCUGCGUCUCCUUUGACCUUAAGGGAUUUGAUACAUAAAUUAAAUCAAAUUGAGCUAUCCUAUUUGGCUAUUUUUUUUAACUGGGAUGAGGGAGAAGAAGUGAGUACAACGACUACUGAAGAUGAUAACAUUGAUGAGGUUCUAAAAUUUUCUAAUUUAACAGAAGCUGAUUUCAUGUCAUUUAUCUUCCAAGAGUUUAGAUCCACCUAUUUGAAAAGGAAGUUGAGAAUAAAAUCUAGUGAUCUAGCGUUGACACUUGUUGAUAUUAAAGGUUAUUCCAUACCUUUACAUUUGGCAUCUGCUAUGAAUAAUUUGCUUCACAAAUAUGGAGAUAUUAGUACAAGAGAUUAGUAUUCCCAAGAAGUCAAGAGCAUUGGGUUUUUCUUUGUAUGUAAAGUGAUGAAAGAGAUGCAUACCACUUUGGUGAUAGACAUCACUAAACAUCUUCUUCAACAAUGGUAUCACUACAUAUACUUUGUAGGAUUUUGGGCUGACUUUGACGUGGAUUUUCUGAAGUCAUCUCUAGGGAAGAUCACAAGAGAUUUCUACUAUCAACAGUUGAGUAAAGUAGUUGACAAGGAAUUCCGAAUGAAAAUAGAAAAGAAGAAGGCUGAGCUGCAGAAGAAGAUAGCUGAGCUGCAGAAGAAGAUGGCUGAGUACGAUGCUGAACUGGUGAAGAGUAAGUCUUCUACAACAGAGGAACAGGUGAAGGAGGGCUUGGAAAUGGCAAUGAAUGUCAAGUGGAAGGUGGCAAGCCAAGUUGGCUUCUUUUUGUGAUAUCUCAUCUUGAUGAAGACCACAUCCCAACAAUUCUAGAUGAGAGGAUGGCUGUUCUACAGAAGAAGAAAGCUGACUGGAGAAGAUUCCAAGAGUCUUCUUCAAAAGAGGAAUCCAUGAAGGAGUGCUUGGAUGAGGCACUGAAAACCAAAUUGGUCUCCAAUUGGAAUAAUAAUGACGCUACUUUUGUAAUAAAUGUUUUCUACUUCAAGCUUUUGUAUUAAUAAUCAAAGUGUGCAAUCAAAGUUACACACAUUACUAUUU